AUGCAGCUUGGCCUGGCCAGCAUCCUCCUGGGUCUCUGGCUAACAGCUGAGUCCCUCUCCUCACCUGCAAAGGGAAACCUCCUAGAAGAAAACCCUCCGAGACAAAGGGAAAGUCCCAAUUUAGGAGAAGUGGAAUCCCCAGAAGAAGAAGAAGAAGAUGUCAAGGUUCCAUUGGAUUUCCAGGAAGCCCCUUCAAAAGUCCUGGUGGUUUCCCUGGAGUCAGAAGACAGCCUUGGACAUCUCCCACCCCACCUGCCCUUGGCUGAGACAGAAGGGAAGCCCUUGAGUUUAUGGCCCCAGCCCAGUUCUCAGUCCUGGCUACACGAAAGCUCAGAGGAAUCGGUGUGUCACGUGAGGCUGGACGGGGGCAGCUUUUGGGGUCCUAACCAUCUGGAGGUAGGGGGUCUCCUUAGCCGUUACGACAGUGGGUUCCUGAAGGCACUGAGCAGAUCUGCCUGGAACACAGAAGACCUGGAGACCUUUGGGAUAUGUCCCUCCAGCCCACCCCACAGCCUUCUCAGGUCACUCCAGCGUGUGGCUGAUUCUCUGGGCAGGCCUGCAGGACACCGGUUCUUCAUGCUGCAUUUGGAAGAAGUGAAAUGGGAAGUCGAGACCAAACUCAGGUUUAAGCUGACCUUUCAGAAGGACGUGGAAGAGCCUCUCAGCUCCUUGCAGCUGGUCCUCCUCGUCUUCUAUCAAGGAGAAAAGGAACUUGUGCAUCAUGGGGUCCCAAAGAGGUUUCUAGUUGGAGGGGCAGGAUUACAUCAAAAGCAGGUUGUUUGCCUUUCCAGAGGAACCCGCUACCUUGUCCUCCAAGGCUCCGUGAUGUCUGGGAGACAUUCUCCUGGUGAAUUAAGCUAUGAACUUUCCUUGGAAAUCAGGCACCAAAACAAUACAGACGCUGCUGUCUCCUCUGAUGAAGCCCAGGAUCUUCUGUUUGGCUUUGAUGCCAAGUGUUUCACUCGCAGGACCCCGGCUGUCUUGUUGUUGGUGAAACAAAACUUCGGUGUUGGCUCCCAUCAACCCUCUUCUUUCCUCUCUGCGGACGGCAAGUUAGAUAUAUUGCCAUACCUGAAACCCAGCUUGCCGAGUUCCGCCAUAGCCCACACACCCUCUGAAGCUGCCACCGUCACUAACCAAACCAACGCCACAGUGUCAGUGCUUACAAACCCUGGAUACUUUUUGGAGAUCCUCUCCCAAUUUGUCAACAAAGUCCUGAACCCCUCCGGUGAGCCACCUGUCGCCCAGGGGCACCUCCAGCUGGAUUUUGACACCAUGGAGGCCCUUCCUCACGAACUGCUCAACUUGUCAGAGAAAGUGGCUUUUGAGCGGCUGGUGCAGUCUGAAAAUCACCUCGUGGUCCUCUUCCCCGAGAACAGCCAAGCUUUCAUGGAGCGCCAGCUCGGCCAAUGGUACCUAGAGGGAAAGUUGCUUCAGCAGCUGUUGGAGAAGCUGCAUUCUGUGAUCCAAGAGCUGAAAGCCAUGCCCUCCUUCCAAGCCAACGCCAACCUCUUCCGUACUCUGCUGGCUCUGUGCUACUAUCCUUCGAGGGGCUCCGGAAAUUUCCCCGCUGGCGAGUCUGCAGAAAUGGAGGAAACCCAAACCCGCAGAAAAAUCCACAGCCUUCUGUUGCUCAAGGCUCUCCAGGUGGUGCGCACUCGUUGGCGGGAGGCCAGGAAGGUGUCGUUACGUGCCAACCGUAGCACUCAAGUCCAGGAUGACUACUGCCGUCUGCGAGAGCUCAGGAUAAACCUGGUCUCCACCAGGUACAUCAUUUUACCGGAGUCAUACAAUGCCAACAAUUGCGUGGGCCCAUGCCAGAGCCCGCUCUCCACCCGCAUCCCGGACUACUAUUCCCACACCAUCUUCCUGCUGCGCAUGCACGAACAGGGCAUGCCACUCCAGCGAGCCCCUUGCUGCGUCCCGGUGAAAUAUUCCAAAAGUCUCAUGGUUACUUUUACCAGUGAUCAAGGGAUGAUAGUUAAGGCCUACCCAGAUAUGGUGGCGGAGUCCUGCGGGUGCAGGUAGAGAAGGGCAGGAGAGACAAUAGAGAUGGGGGAUGGGAUAUUGGACAGUGUCCUGCUGUCCUGGCCAGUAUGGGGUACCGUUUUAAACCACAGCACUACAGUAAUCCCACUUCUAUUGAUGAAAUUUAUGCAGCUGUGUACAUAGCAAGCUUGCAACAUUGUUCUUGCUUUUUAUGAUGCUUGGGAAAGUUGGAAAGAUCCAGUUUAUUUGCAGAGAACCCUAAUGAGCAAAGCGUAGGAUGAGAAUUUUUACAGAUUAACAGAGUUGGAAGGGACCUUGUGGGUCA